AUGGAUUCUCUUAACUGUCCUCUUACAUGUGAUAUUUUUCGUGAUCCCGUCAUUGGACAAGAUGGUCACACAUAUGAGCGAAAGGAUAUUAUUGCUUGGUUACAACGACAUGGAACAAGUCCGAUUACUCGGGAACCUAUGAAUAUUGAAUCGCUACGUCCAAACCACGUUGUGCACAAGAUAGUCGACGAAUUUGCAGCAAUUUAUAAGAAGAAGGACUAUCAAUUUCGUCUCAACGUUGACGUUCGCAAAACGGAAACACGACCCUGGUUUCAAACAUUCAGUAAAGCAAUCUACAAAGCCGAAUGGGUCGGUAGACAAGGUCCACCAAUUGUUCUAAUUAAAAUCGAUGGUGCAAAGGCCAAUCAUGAAGCUUUGUUUUAUGUCCAACUCACUUGUCAUCCACAUAUUGUUCGCACAUUUGGUCUUGUUGAAAGUGACAUGAAUUCUGUCAUGCUCGUGCAGGAGUGUGCAGAACAAGGCAAUCUUGUCAAAUUGUUACGAGAGAAUAAUUUCAAACCAAUUAGAAAUGUUCUCGUCGAAAUAUUUAUUCAGAUUAUUGAUGCGAUGAUUUGCCUUGCUGAUAAUAAAAUAGUUCAUGGAGAUUUGGCCUGUCGAAAUGUUCUUGUCUUCCGAUGUAACCCAAUUGUUCCAGAAGAAAACCUCGUCAAAUUGACUGAUUUUGGUCUCACUCAAGGCAGCAAUAUUUUUUCUGUGGCUGCUAGUUCGUCAAAAACAACUAUGACAAUUAUUCCGGUCAGGUACGCUGCACCAGAAUUACUUCGAACAAAUGGCGAUAAAAUGUUUUAUUCAGAAAAAUCUGAUGUGUAUUCUAUGGCUGUGUUAAUGUGGGAAGCGUGUUCCUAUGGAACACUUCCUUUUGUCUCAUUAACUAAUGAUACUGAUGUUCGUCGCUGCAAAUUACGUGGUGAUCAAUUACCUCGGCCGACGAUCUGUGACGAAGACCUUUGGUCGGCUAUCGUCCAUUGCUGGAGACUAGAACCAUCUGAACGACCAACAUUCAAGGAACUAAGACGUAAAAUAAUGCAUUUAGCCCAUGGAUCAAAUUCAACGUAA